AUGGCAUCUUUAUUAACUAGUCUCUUUCUUCUUUGCUUAUCGUCAUCCACAUACUGUUCCUCUGCAGUUUCUAAUCUAACUUCUUCAAAACCACUCUCUCUGAAACAAACUCUGGUCUCCUCCAACCAAGUUUUCGAAUUGGGCUUCUUCAAUCCCACCAACUCUUCAAAUCAAUACCUGGGUAUUUGGUACAAGGGAGACUCUUCUCCUCACUCGGUUGUUUGGGUUGCCAACCGAGAAGAUCCACUCUCGCUCACUGACACUUGGGCUCUUCUUCAAAUCAGCAUCAGCAAUGGAAAUCUCGAGCUUCUUAAUGGAACCCCACAAAACUCCUCUGUACUUUGGUCAACCAAAGUUGACCUCUCUUCCAACUCUACGCUGGCUAUACUCUUAGACAACGGAAACUUCGUCCUCAGAGACUCCACUUCAGGAGCAGAUUUAUGGCAGAGCUUCCAGCACCCAUGCGACACUUUCUUACCCAGCUCCGUCCUCGGUUUCAAUCUCAAAACCGGGGAGAACUACAAACUGAAUUCUUGGAAAGCCGAAAACGAUCCGUCGCCUGGAAACUUCACCUUCGGGAUCGCAAAGAAGACGCCACCGGAAGCCGCCAUUUGGUUUGGAGCCGCAAUUUACACGAGAAGCGGACCCUGGGAUAAGCUCAAGUUCACAGGCAUACCGGACAUGGCGUCUUCUUGUUCUGUCGAAGGUGUUGCUCUCGCCGGACGGAAUGGUUUCGAUCAUGCUCAAAGACAAGGCUGGUUACUGGGUUUAAGCCAAAAUCAGUGGAAGAGUGGAAUAAAGGGAAUUGGAGUGGAGGGUGUGUUUAGGCAAACUGAGUUGGUUUGCCAAAAGAAAAGUAGUAAUAAUGUUAGUGAGAAUGGGCCAAGGGAUGAGUUUGCCAAGAUUGGAAAGACACCCUUGUUUGAAUCUAGUGGAGAUGAUCUGUUUUUUCGCCUUGCACAUUCAGAACUACAAGGGGGAGGACAUUUGAGUAAGACCAAAAUCAUUAUCGGCCUUGUUGUAGCUGUUUCUGCUGGUGCAGCAUUAUUAGCUGUUGUAGCCUUUGGUUUGCAUAGACGAAAAGCUAAGAGAAAAAGUAAGAAUAAUAUCUAUCUAAGCUUCAAUUUGUGA